GUCAGUGAGUAAACAAACAUUUGAAGAGCGUUUCAAAGCUGCGCAAUAUCAACAUGUCACUAAUGCCGUAUUGGUUGAGGCAUCUGAGAAACUUGGCGUACCGAGAUCCAGUUAUGAGGGUGCUGGAGGAUCCGUACAAUAUAUUCUCUCGCGAUCCGUUCUUCCGAGACCCGGUAAAGUACAUGAAACAGCUGACGCCGGCAAUCGAGAAGGAGUAUCAUGGGAUAGAAGGAAUCUACUCGGAUGCCGAGGUGAAAGUCGACGGUAAGAAGGUGGAGGUGCACCUGGACGUACAAAACUUCACGCCUGAGCAAAUCGUUGUCAAGACUGUGGGCAACGAGAUAAUGGUGGAAGGUAAAAAGGAGGUGAAACGCGAGGACGGGUGGACACGAAGUCACUUCGAACGACGGUUUUUGCUACCCGAGGGCUUCCCGCCGGAGCGAGUCGAGUGCCAUCUGGACAAGGGAAAACUGAAGGUGAUUGCCUUCCGCGCCGAGGCCCUGGAAGAGAGGAAGAUCCCCAUACAGGAAAAAUCCGGCUCGGUGGACAACAAAAAAGAUUAAUUGGCUUAUUAGGUUGUAGCAUUCUUUUGGUUUUGGAGUAGUAAUAGUAGUUGAGGGAUAUGGUUUCCGCAGCUCCACGGCUAGCGCGUAUUUUGAGUUUUGGAGUAUUUGGUUGUGUAAACUCUAUUUAUAUUACACCUAUCGUCGUGUACAUGUGAAAAAUUUUUUUCUUCAUGAAAAAAACAUUUUUAUUCGACGUGAAUGGGAAAAUUGUAUUAAAGUACCAACUAAUAAUUAUAAAGUGAGUUCGAUUCGAGUGUAGUUUUUUUAAAAUAAUAAUUUAACUCAAAAUGCAAAUUGGUGAGACUGAUAGUUGUUAAUUUGAUUUUGUUUU